CCAACUAGUUUCUUAUAGGAGUUUAUGAAUUCUCGUUACACUGGUAUGAGGUUUUCUUAUGGGGAGAAAAUCUUUCGCUAUUAGAAUAUCAGCUGUGAUUAUAGCGAUUAUUGAUAAAAACAUUGCCUCUAAUUUGACAUCUGUCAAUAACAAUGCAAUGCAGUGACGUUUCGCAUUGUAAAAAUUAGCGAAUUCGAAUCUACCUUGUUUCUAAAAUGAAUUAUCAAAGUUCCGAUUUAGUGGUGAAAUAAUGUUAUAGAACACAUUUCCUGUACCAGGAUUGUAGUUAAAAAUCAAGAUGACUACGAAAGAGCUUUACACAAAGGGGGCCCGGAUAUGGGUGGAGCACCCCGAGAAAGUCUGGGAGAGUGCCACAGUCACCGCGGACUACCGCUCCGGAGUCCUCAUCGCCAAGUUGGACCAGACUGGCGAGAUACGACAGAUCAAGAUAAAAGAUGAAAACCAAAUGCCGCCCUUGCGGAACCCCUCUCUCCUCAUCGGGCAGAAUGACCUCACAUCGCUAUCAUACCUGCACGAGCCGGCAGUUCUACACAACCUUAGAGUCAGGUUCUGCGACCGUAACGCCAUCUACACGUACUGCGGUAUCGUGCUCGUCGCCAUCAACCCUUACAACGAAUUGCCUAUUUACGGCGAUGAAACCAUCAUGGCGUACCGCGGCCAAUCCAUGGGCGACCUGGACCCGCACAUUUUUGCCGUUUCGGAGGAGGCCUACACGAAACUUGAGAGGGAGCGACGAGACCAGAGCAUCAUAGUGAGCGGCGAAUCAGGCGCCGGCAAAACUGUCUCAGCUAAGUACGCAAUGCGUUACUUUGCGGCCGUUGGCGGAAACGCGAGCGAGACACAAGUUGAGAGGAAAGUUCUCGCUUCCAGUCCUAUCAUGGAGGCCAUCGGCAACGCGAAAACUACGCGCAACGACAACUCCUCCCGGUUCGGCAAAUUCAUAGAGAUUCACUUCGACGAGAUGUAUCGGAUAUCCGGUGCUAGUAUGAGGACUUACUUGCUUGAGAAAAGCAGAGUGGUGUAUCAAAGUGCUGGAGAGAGGAAUUAUCACGUGUUCUACCAGCUGUGCGCCGCGGCGCGCAGCAUGCCCGAGCUGCAGCUAGAUCACCAAGACUCGUUUCACUAUUUGAACCAGGGCGGCAGCCCCGACAUAGACGGCGUCGACGACCUGAGAGCAUUUAACGAGACGAAAAACGCACUUACCACCUUAGGUGUGUCAGAAACAGAACAACAGAACAUGUUCACCGUAUUAGCGUGUAUCCUACAUCUUGGCAACAUUGAGCUCAAGUGCGAGCCCGACUCGGGGGACGUGGAGGAAGACGGCGCUUAUAUCGAUCCAAACGACAAGCACCUACAAAUUGUCUGCUCGCUUCUCGGGGUUUCGAAGCCGGAGCUAAGUCGGUGGCUGACGCAUCGGCGCAUUGCUUCUGCCCAUGAGGUGAUAGUGUCCCGAAUGGCCACGAACCGUGCCGCAUUCGCUCGCGACGCGCUCGCGAAACGAAUGUACGGCGAAAUGUUCGCUUGGCUCGUAAAGUGUGUAAACCGCGCCUUGGAAACGGAGCAGAAUAAAAGCCACUUUAUUGGUGUAUUGGACAUCUACGGGUUCGAAACGUUCGAAAUCAACUCGUUCGAGCAGUUCUGCAUCAACUACGCAAACGAGAAACUGCAGCAACAAUUCAACUCGCACGUGUUCAAGUUAGAGCAGGACGAAUAUAUUAAAGAAGAAAUAUCAUGGAAAAUGAUCGACUUCUACGACAACCAGCCAUGCAUCGACCUGAUCGAGGACCGGCUCGGAGUCCUGGCGCUCCUGGACGAGCAAUGCCGCGUGCCGCAGGGCUCCGACCAGGGCUUUGUGACCAAGCUGCACGAGAGCUGCCACAAGUAUCCGCACUUCAUGAAACCUAGAUUCGGGAACCAAGCAUUUAUAAUAAAACACUUCGCCGACAACGUUGAAUACCAAUGCGGGGGCUUCCUGGAGAAGAACAGAGACACCGUAUCAGAAGAGCAGUUAGAAUGCAUCAAGUCUUCGACCAGCUGCCGGCUGAUCCACGCCAUGUUCGCUGCCGAUCGGGUGUCGGAGGGAAAUGCCACUGCGACGUUGCCUCCGCCGUCACGACGGAGGACUACGCCAGCCGUACCACUUACUAGUCUUACGCAACCGCCUCGCCGAGCGUCCGGACAGAAGCAGACAGUGGGCGCACAAUUCCGAGCCUCGUUGUCGGCUCUCAUGGCGACCCUGUCCGCGACCACCCCGCACUACGUGCGCUGCAUCAAGCCCAACGACACCAAGCUGCCCUUCCAGUUCCAUCCCGCGAGGGCCGUCAACCAACUCAGAGCGUGCGGUGUAUUGGAGACCAUAAGGAUUUCGGCAGCCGGUUUCCCGUCCAGAUGGUUGUACCAAGACUUCUUUAAUAGAUAUCGUCUCCUCUGCGCGCACAAAGAGCUAGAUCGCGGAGACACGAAGGGCACGUGCCGGCGCAUCCUGGCCGCGCACCUCAAGGACCCCGACAAGUACCAGUUCGGCGCCACCAAGAUAUUCUUCAGGGCGGGACAGGUGGCAUAUUUAGAAAAGUUACGCGCCGACAUCCAACGCCUAUACUGCGUGCGCAUACAAAGUUGCGUGCGGCGUUUCGUGGCCCGACGCAAGUACUUGCGCCGCAUGCGCGCCUUGCGGGGCCUGCAAGCCCACUGCCGAGGCUUCCUCGCUAGACGUUUUGCGCAAGAAGUCCGCCGCACCCGAGCCGCGAUUAAGAUCCAGCGCUACGUGCGCGGCUGGUCGGCGCGGCGCCGCUACCGCCAGCUGCGGCGCCUCGCUGUAGGGCUCCAGGCGCACGCCAGGGGAUAUCUGGCGCGCAGGCUGUACAGGGAUGCGCGCAGGGUCAAAGCGUCGCUGACGAUCCAACGCUACGCGCGCGGCUACCUCGCGAGGAAACGAGUCAAGGCGAUGCGACGCGGUAUUAUUAUAGCGCAGGCUGCUGUCCGCCGCUUCCUCGCCCGUCGCCUCUACAAGCGCCUCCGCAUCGAAGCCAGGAGUCUGGACCACGUGAAGACCCUGAACAAGGGUCUGGAGAACAAGAUCAUCAGCCUGCAGCAGAAGUUGGGGGAGGCGCAACAGAAGACCAAGGCGCUGGAACCGUUGGCUGUUCAGCUGGCUGAGGCUAAAGCGAAACUGGAACUCCUUCGUCUAGUCGAAAUCGAGGCAAAGACUCUCAAAGUGUCCAUCGUAGACAAGGACAGCAUUAUAGCAGCGCUCCAAACCGAGCUGGCGAGCGAGCGAGACAGCAACAAGCAGCUCGUCGAGGAGAAGAAAGAGAUAGAGAAGACGUAUAAGAUAGAGAGGGUGGCGUGGGAGGGAGAAAGCGAGAAAUUGGUCAAUGAGUUGAAGAGUUCUAAGGAGCAGUUCGAUUUGGCAAUUGAAGAACGAGACAAGCAGCUCGAGCAAGAAAAGAAAGCCCUCAGCGCUGAGCUCGAAGCGGAAAGGCAGAGCAGACAGAAAUUACUCUCCACACAAUAUGAGCUGCAGGAGCGAUUGGACUCCCUACAACGGGCACCUGCGACUAAGGAACACCGGCGUUCUCUCUCUGACGCCAGCAACAACUCUCAGCAGGAGACGACAGUUGAGGAUGACUUCGGGUACGGGUCCGUGCGCAGCGUGGAGAACUCCCGGCCCGCGCUCGAGGCCGUCAACUGGUCGGCCGGCUCUCACGGCGGACCCAUGCCGAUCGCGGAUGCUGGAUUGGUGCUGAGAAUGCAGAACAGGAUAUCCGCUUUACAGAGUGAAUUGUCGCGGACUACGAAACGCGCGACCGAUUUGGAGGAGCGUCUCAUGAAUCGUCUGUCCUCACCCCCCACCAAUCCGAACCUGGAUCGCUUCAAAGUGGAGGAACUCGAGAUAGAAAACAAGAAGCUACGAGAACAUCUCGAGCGGCUGCGCUCUGCUGGCGACACCACUUUACUCACCAAGGAAGUUAUAGACCAACUGGGCAUCAUGCAAAAAGAACUGGACAGACGUCGAGACGAGUGCGUCCAGCUGAAGAGCGUGCUCACCAACACCAAACCGCAAUGGUUCCAAACUCUGAAAAAUGUCACGGUGAACUUGAAGUCGCUCACGACGUCCAGCUACGGGUCCGAUGUGGACAUUGUCAACGAAGAUGGCGAGUUGGCUACUGCUUACGAAACGCAGAAGGGCAUAAACAGGCAGUUGCAAGAAGAGCUUAUGGCCGAAAAGAAGUUCUAUUCGGAUCACAUAUCGAAGACGAAGGCCGAGAUCGACCGGCUUAGAGAGGAAAAUGAAAAAUAUCAGAAAUUGUUGAGCGUCGAGCUUAGUCAAGAACCUAAGAACAAGCAACAAGAAUUUGCUCAGAACGAGAUCAUCAAACUGGCGGCUGAAAGUCUGGCUUUGCAGGAGCGCGUAGACAAACUAUCGGAGAGCUGCCGCCGCUACAAGAACCAGAUACGCCUGCUGGUCACCAAGCUGAGGGAGGCGGGCAUACAGGACGUCAGCGAUAUACUGGAGGGCAACGAUACCGUGGUGCCUCAGAACACCUCUCUCGCUCCCGAGAUAGCGCCCGUGUCGCGCAAGAAAGAGAGGGAGUAUCUCGGCAUGUUCGAGUACAAAAUACAGGACGAAGCGACGAUUAUUAAGAAACUCAUUACAGACUUGAAGCCGCGAACAGCCGUAACCCUACUCCCCGGACUCCCAGCUUACAUCAUCUUCAUGAUGCUGCGCCACAUGGACCACGUGGACGACGAGCCUAAGAUGCAUCAGCUGCUUAAAGCCGUUCGUAUUGGAGUCAAGAAGACGCUGAGAAAACGCUCUGAUAGCGUGGAGUAUAGUGCUCUCUGGCUCGCUAAUAUGUUACGGCUCCUAAAUAACCUCCGACAGUACAGCGGCGACGCGGUGUACCAGAAGGAGAACACCCCUCGUCAGAACCAGCAGUGUCUGCGCAUCUUCGACCUGUCGGAAUACCGCCAGCUCCUCAGCGAUAUCGCCGUGCAGAUCUACCAAGGUGUCAUCACACUCCUGGAGAGGCAGGUAGAGCGGCUGAUCGUGGGCGCCAUACUGGAAUACGAGGAGAUCAGUACACACGACAACACCACUGAUGAAAAUGUGCCAGCACCCGGUCUGUCGGGCCCGGCGCGCGCGCCGCCGUCGCCGCCCGGCGCGGGCCCGGCGCGGCUCAAGCAGGAGCUGGGCGCCGCGCACGACCACCUGCACGAGUACCACGUCGACGCCUCGCUGCGCGUCAUGAUCUUCAAACAGUUGUUCUACUACAUCUGCGCGUACAGUCUGAAUCAGCUUCUUCUGCGUAAAGAUCUCUGCUGCUGGGCCAAGGGUCUGCAGAUCCGGUACAACAUCUCCCACCUGGAGAACUGGAUCAAGGAGCAGCUAGCUGAAUACGGGCAGAAGAGCGUGGACGAGAUCCUGAGCGUGCUAAAGCCGAUCACACAAGCUGUGCAGCUGCUGCAGGCGAGGAAGUCCCUCGCCGACGUUCAGAGCACUGUCGACAUGUGCUCCAAUCUUACCGCCAUGCAAGUGUGCAAGAUCCUAAAUAUGUACACCCCCGCCGAAGACUACGAAGUGAAAGUUACACGAGAGUUUAUCCACGAAAUUCAGAAGAAAAUGCAGGAGAAGGCGGGACCUAAAGCGGACAAGGAACCGCAAAACCUCCUGAUGGACUCGAAGAUGAUCUUCUCAGUGCAGUUCCCGUUCAACCCGUCCUCCAUCCGGCUGGAGGACGUCGAGCUCCCCGAGGUGCUGGGGCUGGAGGGGCUCCUCACAAAGAUAUAAACGGGUUAACUGUCAUUAUAUUUGUUACUAGCGACACGCCCCGGCUACGCACGGGUUACACAAAACCUUAACAAAUUGUACAGCUAAACCUUCCUCAAGCACUCUAUUGAUAGGUGAAAAUACAAAUACAAAUGAAACCGCAACCGCAUGAAAAUUCGUUAUGUACUUUUUGAGUUUAUCGCAAACAUACAAACACACGGACAGACGCGGCGGGGAUAUCGUUUUAUAAGGUGUAGUGAUUAUUAGUGUCAUUCUCAAUCAAAAGGUUACUUUUUUAACUAUAAAACUCCCGUGAGACUCAAACAUAUUAGAUUAUUUUAAACCGGGUCACUCACGUAUUAUUAAGUCGAAUAGCUCGACAUGUUUCGGUCCAAUUUACGAGGACCGUCUAUUCGACUGUCGAGCUAUUCGAACAUGUCGAGCUAUUCGACUUAAUAAUACGUGAGUGACCCGGUUUAAAAUAUCUAAUAAAAAGGUUACUUAUUGUCGGUUGUCAAUAAAGCGCUAUUUCCAUAUAGCCUCAAUUGAAAAUAAACCUUAUUAUUGAUAGGUGAAAAUACAAAUACAAAUGAAACCGCAACCGCAUGAAAAUUCGUUAUGUACUUUUUGAGUUUAUCGCAAACAUACAAACACACGGACUGAGGCGGCGGGGAUAUCGUUUUAUAAGGUGUAGUGAUUAUUAGUGUCAUUCUCAAUCAAAAGGUUACUUUUUUAACUAUAAAACUCCCGUGAGACUCAAACAUAUUAGAUUAUUUUAAACCGGGUCACUCACGUAUUAUUAAGUCGAAUAGCUCGACAUGUUUCGGUCCAAUUUACGAGGACCGUCUAUUCGACUGUCGAGCUAUUCGAACAUGUCGAGCUAUUCGACUUAAUAAUACGUGAGUGACCCGGUUUAAAAUAUCUAAUAAAAAGGUUACUUAUUGUCGGUUGUCAAUAAAGCGCUAUUUCCAUAUAGCCUCAAUUGAAAAUAAACCUUAUUAACGAGAAUGUGGUCCCUUUUGGUUGAAAAUGUCACAAUUUAACCUGUAGUUGCCCAGAGGCCUAAAUAAAAGCAUUCUGUAGCAUUGUAUUAUGAAUAUUUAUUUUGAAAAUAUUGCAUUUGUCCUAGCAAGUAGUCGUGGGCGGCUAAGAAUCGGAGAUAAAGGUUCGCACUGAGUGUACAGGCAACAAAGAUAUUAAAUGCAGUGUUAAGCUAAUAGUUUUGCUGACAUAAGAAAUAACUAGGUAAUUAUUCGAAAUGAUCUACACACGCUCUUAUUCUCUUACCAAUAAAGUUGUAUUUAGAUUAUUUUAUACACCUUAGCUACUUCCGCUACUAGUUGUACGAUUGUACGGUACGUUGCUGAUUACUGUUACAUUCAUACAACGGUUUACUACAGAAAAAAGGUUUGCUAAUCCCCUAAUCUAAUUUACGUCGAAGAAAAACAUCGAUAGUGCUAAAUUAUUGUGUUAUUAAUUAUUAUAAAUCUUCUUCGUCGUUCCCUCAUGACUGAGGAUCGUGACCAAGAACUAUAUCCCUCCAUUUAACGCGAUCAAGGGCUAUGUGGGCUGCCCUCUGCAUGGAACCACAUGCUUGUCUAAUGGAAUCCGACCAUCUUGCCGGGGCUCUUCCUCUAGCGCGCUUCCUCUUGCCCCAGUAUGAUGUCACGUUCGAGGCUGUGGUGCGGCGAUCGCAUUAUGUGCCCAAAGAAUCUGAGAGCCCUCUCCUGGCAGAUUGUUGAGAGUCGUUUGGUGAUUUUUAGUUCUCUCCAUUCUGAGAGAUUAUUAUAAAUACAUCUCGCAAAUGUAUAGCAUUGUAGAGAGAGAUCACACAGUACGUACAUGAUAUUGAUAUCACACGUGUAUUGGUAGACAUAUACAAAUUUAGAACUCUUUUCACGACACAAUUUUGUUAUUGUGUCUAUUUCCAAUCAUUUCUAAACUAGCUUUUGCCCUCGAUUUCGUCUGCGCGGACUUACUAACAGCAGCUAAAGCAAGCGCCUGGAAAAAAUUUCAUAGCAAUUAUUCAAUUUGAGCAUAUUUUGCACACAAACUAGCAGACACUUCAUUAAUUAUCUCAAUUCCACCCCGCUUUUUACUUUCUUAAGGGAUGAUUUUCGGGAUAAAAACUAUCCUAUGUCCUUCUCAGGGACUCAACCUAUCUCUAUGCCAAAUUUCAUCUAAAUCGAUUCAGCGGUUUAAGCGUGAAGAGGCAACACACAGACAGACAGACUUUCGCAUUUAUAAUAUUAGUAUGGAUUGCGACAAACAUCCGAUAAUGUUAUGACAAACGAAAUUAUGGAAAUCAAUAAAUAUAUUAACUUGUGCUUUGAAGGUCACAGCAUUUAUAAUAAUUAAUUACUGAAUUAUUAAGGUUUCAAUAAAACAAUAUGUCGCUUUCAAAGGACAAAAUAGAUUUUAAUAUUGGACUGAAGAUAGAUAAGCGUAUUCAUCCAAAUAUUUCGGCAUAAUAAGCUUGUCUUAUGUUAUAUCGGUUCCUAGACUAUGGAAUGCCAUAAUUUGAAAUUAUUUUGGUGCCAUUCCGAUUUGUACAAAAACCUAGAAAAGAAAGUACAUGAACUUUUCCUUGUGACUUCACUUGCCAUACUGCAUUUAUAAUACUAGACCAAUUUUACUUAAAUAACAUUCCAUAUGUUAAGGUUAUUUAUAGCAAAUUAUAAAAUGCUGAGAAAUUUGUUAAUUUACAAUGUUUCUGUCGUUUUUGCUGAUUAAUUACAACUGUUCAUCUUAAGAAAUAAUUUAAUUCAGAAAAUACAUGACAUUACAGUGUAUAUAAAAAAAAAUGGAAUUAAACAAUAAACUACAAAACUAACUAAAAUAUUUUAUUCAAAAAGACCUCCGCGAGCUGUACCGGGUGCAAAGGUGCCCAUCACACUUGCCGCGUUACCACGUUGGAUAGCGAAAUUCAUCUUAAUGUCAAUAAAUUUCACAUAAUUUUUGUUUAAUAUAAUUUUCAUUGAAGUUACUCGAGCAACCAAAAAUUGUUCAGUUUUAUUUCAUUAUCAAGUGAAGUCAUGGUUUGUCUAUUUGGCUUUCGCUAUAUAUACCUACUAUUAUCAACGAAUUAUGUUAAUUUCUGUUUUUAUAUUUUUAAUUGUUAAGCAAUUUUGUACGUGAGAUGUUGUUACGAUUAGUUCAAAUUUGUUAUAAAUUAUAUUUAUUUAUACCAUUCCAUUUAGAUAUUAAGAGUAUAAUUAUUAAUAAGUAAGUAACAAUAUUGAUGCGUGUUGAUUUACCCUGACAUAUUUAGGUGAAAUAUAUUUAGCAUAUAAAUAAAUAUAAUGUUAAAGGCUAGAUACAGAUACACAUAAUAGUUCUUCACAUAAUACAUAAUACGACCAACGUAUUAAAUAAAUGUGGCAUGCCUUUUGAUAGUUGAAUUUAGAAGAAAUUUUAUGAAAAGUAAAUAAGAGAUUUAUUACGCCAGUUUGCUUGUAGAAUAAGAUAACAUGAUAUUAUGACAUUGUUUUAAUGUGUUCUAGGCGUUUUCUCCAGCUAUUAUUUAUAUAUAUGAAAAACCACCAUGCCAUUAUUGUUAUGCGUUUUUAGAUGUAUUGACCGAAAUACUUACAUUGUUUUUUACGAAACGUAGCCGUAAAUUUACUUUAUAUAAAUCAGAAUCAUUGUUUUUUUUAUAUGACUAUAUAAUAGUGCUAAACCGGUUACCGUUAAAGUAGGUGCUUGAAACACGGCGUCACUAACACCAGAUAUUUAUAAAUUUAUACAUAAAAUCUUACUAUUAGAUUUACUUUCCCAUGCAGAAAUAUUUUUGUAGAGAAAUUAUGAACAGUAUUCUUUUGGUACUUAAUUAUUUGUUAUUAGUAGAAAAUUAAAUAUUAAUCACUAUAUUAUGUCUAUUCAAAUUAUGCGAGAUCACUUGUAUUGUAUGUAAUCAUUAGAAUAUUUGUUUUAACGAAUUCCCCAGUGUUCGAUGUUAAUGUUAAAAACAAUUGACAUAUAAUUAUGUUUUUUUAAUGGUAAAUUUUUGUUUAAUUUACCAUUGCAAUGCAAUUUAUACUAAGAUGUUUUUCAGUAUUUCUUGUGACCUUUUUUUAAUAAAAUCGAUUUUAAUAUAAGUAAUAUUAAAGCGGUUUUAUGUUGGUUGGUUUUUGUCCUCACGACAAUUAAUAAAUGUAUUAAGGUACUUAAUCCUAAAUGAAAUUGUAACUUAAAUGUACUAAAUGUAUUAAAUUAUAUGCAUAGUAAAUAUAUAUGUUGAUGAAUUGGAUAUUUUAUAAUUGUUAGGUGCUCAAUUAUAGCUUCCCUGUUGUUUAAAUUAUAGAUUUACGUAGUAUGUAUCAAAGUAAUUAAUCCAGUAUCUAUUUUAAAUUGAUAAUACCUACUAGGGAUAUAUUUUCGAGGCUCUAAUACUUAAUCGCAAUUGAUUUGAUUUGAGUCAAUUGUGAUUCUCGAGAUUAUGGACAUCAAUUUACAAAAGUAAACAUGUGUCAAAAAACAAAAUAAUGUAUAAUAAAUCCUUUUGUGAUCAGUUUGUGACAUAAUUUGAAAAUAUUUAUAUUAAGUAUUAUAUUUUUAUCCAAUGCUAAAAUUUAUAACUGACCAUAAACGCAAAUUAAUUUUAAACCAAUUAUAAUUCAAAAAGAAUAAUUUAAUAUUCGUACCCAAAAUUUAUUUAAAAAAAGCAUUAAUAAUUAUAUAUUAUUUUUUAAUACAGUUGCUCAAAAAGUGCUACUUUUCGUGGCUGUUUAGCGUGCGGAAAGUUGGUUUUCGCGAACUAGUGCUUUUUACUUUUCCAAUUUUUUUAAAUCUAUACUUGUUCCAAUUCAUGACUACUUAUUGAUGAGUGUUUAAAUUAGUUUCCUUUAAACGUGGUAAUUAACAUAAAAACCUACAGUUAAUGUAAGAAUACGAAAAAUAUGCAUAUUUCAUAUUUUAUUACUUACCUCUUCAUCAUUAUAAGUAUUAUAACACGUUUAGUUUUUAAUGUUGAAAAACCGUUCUUAAUCAGUUGUCUGAAUGGAACGGAACGUCUGUCAAGGAAGAGGCGUAUUUUCUUACUGCAAGAAUGUUUUAAGUUUCCAAAGGCAACAUUCGAUAUUGUUUUUAUAAAUAUACGAUACACAAAUAAUCGUAAGUAACGAUAUUUAGGUAAUAAUAGUACAAUGUUUUAAUAUUUACAAAUGUUUCUGUCUUAUAGAACAUGCAUUUGAAAAAAAAAAAACUUUCAUUGAAGUGGGUUCAAUAUUAAUAACAAAAUCUAUUCUAGUCGAAUAAAAGCUAGAAAAACACCUCUUCAUAAUGUCAAUGUCGAUGAUGUCACAGAAUUUAUAAUAUAAAAAGUUUCGAAUUCCAUUCCUUAAUUCUUUUCUUUUCUUAUUUUUUCGCAACUGUAUUAAAAAACGUCGUUCGAUACACGUGCGGAUAUGUCAUUCUUCACUCGUCCCGAGUCUUGCGAGAUAUCUCGGUACUCGUGGUGUAAUGACAUACUUUCCGCACUAGCAUCGAAAUGUACUAUUUUGGAUUUUAGCUACUUAAUUAUUAAUGAUCUCGAUGUUCGAUGUUCCUUUAUUUAUGAUUUAAUAUUUGCAACUAAAGCAAUAUAAUCCAUAUCUUAUGUAAUUAAUAUUUACUGUAAUUUUGGCAACAUUUAUGUAAAAGCAAUGAGUACUUACUAAAAUAUAAAAAACGAUGUUCUAAUAAUUUAACAUAUGAUGAAAUCAGAUUUCUGUUAUAAUAAUUUUGGUGAAAAAAUAUGUAUAACCAAUAUUUCUGUGUGUUUUUGUUAUAAAAUUGUCAGUAUUAAUAGCACCGAUCCCAGUUUAAAUAAAUAAAAAACUACCUGAAACUGGUUUAAUAUAUGUUCAAAACGCGAAAGUUUAAAUAUUAUACCUGAAAGGUCAUUUAAAAAAUGUAUAUGUAUGUAUCAAAGUAACCAAACCAUAUUCUGCUAUUAAAUUCCAGAUUACUCUAGCGUAAAAUAAACCCAUUGUUUUAUUGUGAGAAAAAAAGUAUUUUUAAUUAAAUAUUCCAUAAAUAAAAAGGCAAACUUCACAUAAUUAUAUUUGCUAUAAUCGCAAGCGUUGCUAUAAGUGAUAUCGUUUGUUAGUGUGCUGUGAGUUACAUUCCGACGUGUAGUUUGUUCACAUGUUUACAUAUAAUUAUAUAUUUCGUUGUAAAGUGCAGAUUAAAUAAAUAAUGUUAGCAAA